AUGAGAAAAGAAAAUGGAUCCGAAGUGAUAGCAAAGAUUCCAUGCCGCAUUGCUGGCCCGCCCACCUUAACGACAGCUGGUGAAGUCGGUGCUCUCGAAUACAUCAGAAAACACACUAGCAUUCCUGUCCCUCGUGUUCUUUCCUGGUCUUCGAACAACUCGAAUGCUGUCGGUGCAGAAUAUAUCAUCAUGGAGAAAGCCGCCGGUGUUCCACUGUUUCAAGUUUGGGGUGCUAUGGCCGAAUUCGAUCAGCUACAGUUGAUCAGAAACUUGACCCAGAUUGGGGCUCAAUUAUCAGCUAUUCAUUUCCCUGCUUAUGGAGGACUGUAUCUUCGAACGGAUUCAAAGCAGCCAAACAAACCCCUUGACGAUGAACUUGAUCCAUCUUUCUGUAUUGGACCUUCUUAUGACCGAGGGUACAAUCCUGAUCCGAGAUAUUCGAUUUCGACACUUGGGGUUUCUAUUGCAAAGCACGAAUUACUACGAAUAUCCAAGAACAGUCAGCAAGAUCAAACAUCCUUUUAUAAAGGAGAUAUCAAAGAACAAACCGAAAUCUUACAAGCAACAGAGACUGUCAUAGGACUUUUAGACUCGAACGAAAUAUUGAAAGAAGAAGCUUCCCAGCCUACUCUAUGGCAUACCGAUCUUCAUAUGGGAAACAUUUUCGUCGCCCCAGAUGAGUGUUCAAGAAUAGUAUCCCUCAUCGAUCUCCAGUCGAUUUCCGUUCUCCCUGCAUUUCUUCACGCCCAAUGGCCAGUCUUUCUCAAACCCCCACAGAACUACGAUUACGAGAAGGGGAUAUGUGAGGUGAAACUGCGCGAUGAUUUCGAUACCCUAGAUGAGGAUAGCAAGAUGCUUGCUAUGCGCGAAUGGUCCCAAGCAAAGUUAGCAAAGGCCUAUGAGAUCUCAACCUUGCUUGAGGAUAAACCAGCGCAUAGGACCAUGAACGUGCCCCGUGUCUUCCGAGAGUUAUUCCUUCGGUGCGGGGAAGUCUGUGAAAUUGGCGUCCUCCCGCUUCGUGCGUGCUUGAUAGAACUCUUUCAGAAUUGGUCGGACCUUGGAUUUUCUGAAGAAUGCCCUUUAUCCUUUACACAGGAGCAGAUUGAUACGCACGAUCAGCAAUUCUCUGAGUAUCAAGCUUGGUAUAAGAUUCAGGCUCUUGCGCAAGCAUGCCUUGACACUGAUGCAGAAGGAUGGGUCGCACCAGGAUUGGACGUGAGGGAGAAGAGGACGCAGAAUGAGGAAUUGUUGACUAUGUACAUUGAAAGCCUUGCUGGGGAGAAAUCCGCAGAAGAGGCCAGAGCUAUAUGGCCUUUCCCGGUCAAUGCAGGAGUAUGA